AUGAACGUUCUAGGUUGCAUCGCGGCCCUUGCGGCGUUUGCAGCGUCAGCGGCAGCUCAGAAGUGCCUGGAGUUUGUUCCUGUGGACAUUUCCAUCCCGGAGAGCACCUACUACGUCAGAAAUGAGUCGGGCUCCAGGUUCACCAUCGUCACCAAGAGUGGCAAGUGCAUCGGCACCGUGUCCAACAGCGGCCAGGAGAUCUCGAAAAUACCGGAGACCGGCGUCACCAACAGAAGGGUUAGCGUGCAGCGUUUGUUGGAAAAUGAAUAUGUAAACACCGACCUGAAGCCGGCCGUCGAAAAGGACGGCUACAUCUACAUUGUGGAAGUCGAGACCAUCUUCCUCGGCAUUCCCAACAGGCAGAAGCUUGUGAAGACCACUACCGGCGAAUACGAGGAGUACUCGGGGGGAUUCGAUGAUUUGGACAUAUGCGGUAAAAGCUUCGAGUCGUUCGUGCAAGAGCCGAUGCGCGCGGACAACACCAUGGCGCGCCUCCUGCCCAAACCCGGAAGGCGCAUGGGAUCCAUCGUAUGCGGCGACAAGGUGCUUCUGGAGCAGGAUGACGAGGUUUUCUUCCGGUACGCGGAAUUCAGCAACAACAUCUGGCACGUGUUUACCACGCCGAACGUGGGAAACAGUUUCAAGACGUCCUUCCUGCCCGUCGCCUGGAAGGACUGCAUGUACCGCACCCUGGACCACGGCUCCCUGUACAUCGACCUGUCUAAGGACUACAGGACGGAGUACUGCCAGAUCCUGUCGACCUGCGGCGAGAACUGCGUCUUCUUCGACGGUUGCAGUGACCCCGAUUACAGGGUGGUGGACAUCCUGGACCAGAAGGGCGUGGUGUACAUGGGCAACCACGCCCGCUGUGUGCAGCUGAAAAUGCAAGUCGUGGAGGGCACUCACUACCUCACCGUGUACGCCAGGCUGCUGAACGGUCUCUUCGAGGCGGAGCUCUACCGCUCGUCCGACGGCCGCAACUACACCCCGUACAAGCCGGAAGUCAUCAACUUGGAGCUGACAAACACCAACAUCGAUGAGCGCAUCCAGGUCACCAGUGACAGGAACGGCAAGGUGUACACGAUCCCCGCGCCCAACAACCUCCUUUACACCAUCGGCGCGGUCACUUACAUGAACAAGACGCUCGUUGGCAAGAGCUUUUUGGAGGACCCCGACAAAGUGCCGUAUGUCGUGCUCUCAAGAAGGAUCACCGUCGUUGACGAGUACACCACUGUGGAGACCCAGACCAACAAGGACCAGCCCACCAAUGUCACCUACGUCACCAACAAGGACGGCGUAUGGCUCCACAGGCCCAAGCCUGUGCAGUUCGAGCUCACCCAGCUGAACGCGAACGACCCCAACUUCAGGGUCACGCGUUUGGAGAAGGGCAAGUUCCAUGUCGCGGCCGCCCUGCCCAACAUGAAGAUCGGGUCCAUCAAGUACAAAAACACCAUUGUCGCUCCGAACCAGAGCAACGCGAUCUCGACGGAGUUCCUGUACGACUUCAACGAGCUGCUCGUCACCGAGCAGAUGAACGAAAGCGUCAGGUUCCACACCAAGUACGUGCUCCGCCAGGGUUUCCUCGGGGAUGACACCAUGCUGUUCGUCGAGAGGCACAAGCAGCCGCACGUGCUGAAGAUAACCGACGUGUUCAACGACGCGUUGCCGGAAGUUUUCUGCAGGGACACCCUCGGCAAGUUCGUCAAGAUCUACGUGUGCAAGGACCUGUUCAACAUCACCAUGGGCGCGGUCACCUUCGGCGACACCACGCUCGUGCCGUACAACAGGUACUUCAAGAUGAGGGAGGUCUACGUCGCCGAGGAGUACUUCAUGUCCUACAUCGUGGUGAGGUCGUUCACCGAGGAGGGCGACAGCGUCGUGGAGGCCUUCCGCAGCAGGGUGGUCGACGGAGAGAUAACCUUCGUGCGCAUGAGGAGCAAGCCGGUCACGAUUGACUUGGCCCCCGAGGCGAAGGCUGCCGAUCAGGUCGUCAAGGUCCAGGACGGCAACAACAGCUACUACCGCAUCAAGCCCGAGUUCGCCGUCAACCACAGGAUCGGAGACGUCAGGUACGACGGAAGGCUCCUCAUUCCGGACGGCGGGUCCAACCUCUGCAGGGUGCUGAACACCACCGCCGAGGUGGUGAACGGCAAGAUUACCGAAAUUCUCAUGUAUGUCGGCGACAUCGGCACGGCCGGUCGGAAGGCGAAGCUGCUGACGGCGAACCUCGAGGCGCGCAGCCUCACCGAGGUCCCCAAGAGGCCGCUCGAAAUCGAUAUCAGCUUCAAGGGAACCAGGGACGACGUGGUCGAGAUCGCCGAGAACAACGACACCAUCUCGUACUACGUGCCGUGGAUGCUGGCUGGCGGCAUCAGGCUCGACGCCGUCGUGUUCACCAACGGCCAGAACGAGGUCGACGUCCUCAUCAAGGACCUGGACCUCGACGACAUCCCGGAAGUCAGGCUCCACCACGCCUCGGACGCCGCGCAGGCCGUGGUCGCCAUCACCCCCAAAAACCUCCCGGCCAUCUACGCCAACGUCAUGCCCACCGAAUCCACCCAGGUCGCGAGCACCGCGAACCGCCUGUACGACGAAUACUUCAAGUCAUACUACGGGGAGGUCUGA